AAGAAGAAGAAGGAGGAGGAAUACAGAUAUGAGCAAUGUUAAUAUCCCCAAGGUGCCAGGGGCAACUUCUGCUUUGGCUAAGGUAGGGCUUAUUGGAGGAAUUGGUCUGUAUGCUGCUUAUAACAGUUUCUACAAUGUCGAGGGAGGCCAUAGAGCUGUUGUGUUCAACCGUGUUGUUGGUGUCAAAGACAAGGUUUAUCCUGAAGGAACACAUUUGAUGAUUCCCUGGUUUGAAAGGCCUAUUGUUUAUGAUGUUCGUGCACGUCCCAAUCUUGUUGAGAGCUCUUCGGGGAGUCACGAUCUCCAAAUGGUUAAGAUAGCUCUUCGUGUCCUUACACGCCCUGUGCCAGAUCAGUUGCCAACAAUCUACCGCACUCUUGGUGAAAACUAUAAUGAGAGAGUGUUGCCUUCUAUAGUUCAUGAAACACUGAAAGCCAUGGUUGCCCAAUACAAUGCAAGCCAACUGAUCACUCAGAGAGAGGCUGUUAGUCGGGAAAUUCGAAAAAUUUUGACAGAGAGAGCAGCUGCAUUCAACAUUGCCCUGGACGAUGUGUCUAUCACAGGCCUAACUUUUGGGAAGGAGUUUACUGCUGCAAUUGAAGCAAAACAAAUUGCUGCACAAGAAGCUGAGAGGGCCAAGUUUGUUGUUGAGAAAGCAGAGCAGGACAAGAGAAGUGCUAUUAUUAGAGCCCAGGGUGAAGCCAAGAGUGCUCAACUGAUUGGCGAAGCUGUUUCCAAGAAUCAGUCAUUUCUUACACUCCGGAAAAUUGAAGCUGCACGGGAUAUUGCACAGACAAUAUCUAAAUCUGCCAACCGUCUGUUCUUAAACUCGGAUGAACUUUUGCUGAACCUUCAGGGGAUGAAUUCAGGAAGCACGUCUGGUACAAAGAAGUGAAAGAUAGAAGUCAAAAGGUUUGCAUCUUCUUCCAGUGAUACAUUUUUCUGUUUGAUGGCUAAGACUAGAUAGGAAAAAUUCAAGGUAUGUCUGAAGUGCCUUGUUCCUUGCUUUAUAGUAUAUGCUAAUACUAAAACAAAGGACAAAUAUGUGCUGCAAACAUUGAAGAAUGGUGAAAAUGAAACUUGGUUUCAUGCUGCAAAGAUGCCUUGGUCUGUUGUUCUCUUGCUA